AUGGGGACCACUUCAGGACAACAGUUCCUAUCAGAGGAUGGAUUACCGUACGGUAUGCCAAGUGGAGCAAGCCCCGCGCUGCACCCUAGCACUCCCUUCGGUAAUCCACCUGCGCUUCAGACCACGGUCGAAGCGGAGCUUUGGCUCAGAUGA